CGUGAAGAUUGAAAAGAAAUUGUGACCCCCCAAUGUCGUGGUUUCAUUUCAAACACGCUUCAAGCUCUUUACCAAACGUUUGUCACUCUUCGUUUCUCAUUGCUACUACUACCAGCUUUCCAUUCAAGCGAGGUUGUAUUUUCGUGAAUUGUAUUCAGAAGCAAAAAGCUCAAUUUUCGUCUACUAGAAGAAUCUGCAAUCGACUUUUUGAAAAACGAAAAACGUACCUUCUCCCUACAUAUCUCUCUACGUGUGAUUCUAUUCCUUCAACCUAUAGUCAUUACACCACCAUGAGUCAAGAACAAGAACCCAAGGUCUUAGAAGUUAGUGAUCUCGAAACCAAAGACGCAAAAUGGACUAGUUUGAAAAAGAUUACCUGGCAAGAUCAGAGCGGUAAAACAAGGGCUUGGGAAAUGGCUGAACGUACUACUCGAUCUAAAAGCGGUAUUGACGCUGUCGCCAUUUUAGGUAUUAUUCCAAUUGACGGUGAGCCUCACGUUUUGUGUCAAAAGCAAUAUCGUCCACCACUUGGCAAGAUCUGUAUCGAGAUUCCUGCAGGACUCGUAGACUCGAAUGAAUCGCCCGAAGAUAGUGCUAUACGUGAGCUUCGCGAGGAAACUGGUUUCGUAGGAUCCGUAAAGGAAGCCACUACGGUUAUGUAUAACGAUCCGGGUCUAACAAAUGCCAACCUGAAGAUUAUACUCGUCGACAUCGAUAUGUCCAAGCCUGAAAACCAAAAUCCCCAACAACGCUUGGACCAAGGAGAGUAUAUUACCAAUUUUCCCAUCAAGUUGUCUUCUCUUCAAGAUGAAUUAUUUUCUCUAGAGCACCAAGGAUUUGCCGUGGACGUUCGUCUUUCGACAUUUGCCUUAGGUAUGCAGGCUGCUUUGAAAUACUUGGUGAAAUAACCCGUCCUUUUCAUUCGUCAACAUACUUUACACUCAAUCAAUUUAUGAAGACUCUUAAGUUAUGCUUUUUUGUUCUCUAUUUUUCGUAUCAUCAGUAAUUAAAUUCUCUUCAUUCAUAACUCUAUUCUAUAAACAUGUUCCUAAUAAUGAUGACCAA